AGGAAACUAUAAUCUAGAACUUGAGGUGCGGAACAGCAUUUCUACAGCUACCUCAUUGUCAAUUUCUUUAACAUGUAAUAUUCUUUAUACCAAGUGAUUGUUGAUCUGAGUGUCCAUUGUUGAAAAAAAAUGUGAAAAUUGACAAACUUUUAUUUGCUUCCUAGAUGGCUGAAUGUUACUAGAUGCCUUUCUAAACUGUAUUACACAGUUCAUAGGAACAGGAAGAUGUGUGAUUAUUGUGCUUUCCUUUCCACAGCCUGAGUUGUUUUUUAAGAUUCCUCCGACAUCUUUAAUCCUCUUCAGCUGAACUUUCUACUGCACUUGUUUUCAGAACAUACAGGAGUAGAUGGAUAACUACGGUCCUUAAUGGAAGACUAAGAAAUGUGAUUUACGGCUCCUGAAAUUUGAUUGACUGUCAGAGGCAGUCUUGAAUUUGGGAAAAUACAUUUGAAACUAUUCAAAACUCUUUUGUUUUAAUAGAAGACUGCAUGCACCAUGAAAUCAAAUUCUGAUAUUCUGAAAAACCUGGAUGUGAGUUUUUUGUCUGCAGAGGAACAAGUAGCCAUCCAGCAGGUACUGUUCCGAAACUCAGAGCUUCAGCAACACGAAGAUGGGCGCAUUAAGAAACUUAAGAAGUCUGUUCCUGACCCAAGACAGCUGUGGAUAAUGACAGGAGAGUGGUUUGAUGAAAUGAAGGCCAAACGCUACAGGCAGUGCCCUAGUGCAAUACAAAUUCUAAAGUCUGCAUUCCAGAAGACAACAAGCGCAACAGCUGAUAAAGAAAAUAUCAAACCAACAAAUGAAAAGACCAGAAGAACGAAUCAGAUUCCUGCCAUUACUGAAGAAGUUAUUCCUGUUACAAAGACCACAGUGAGGCAGUCAAAAAGGAAUCUUGAAGCUGAUGAAGUGGAACCUGCAAAAGAGUCCAAGGGGAAACUGGAAGAUGCGCUUGAAGCACUUGCAGCCGCCAUGGUAAAGGAGUUACACGCAGAGGCCUUUGGUAUUAAAGCCAGUCCACAAGUUGUUCCAAAUCACUCUGCCAAUCCUUUGCCUUCCGAAAAAGAAACGCCUACAUCGGUGGUUUCUGAGCACAAUGAAGAUACACCAUUUGUGAAACGAAACAGCCAAGAAGUUAGAGAUGAUAUACAUGCUUUGAACAGAUUCAGCCAAGUAAUUAACUCCCAAGAACAACAUGAUAGAAUGAAUCCUUCAGAAUAUAACUCCGUACUGGAAGAACAUCCGACAGGUAAAGAAGACACACCUGGCCCUAUGAAAGGAGAAUACAAACUCUCAGUCUCUGAUGAAAUUGUCAGGCAGGCAAAUUCUUCUUUUGUGUUUGAGCCUUUUAAGAAGGAUUCUUUUUCAGGUAAAGAUGACGGUCCUGGAAAAGGAGAGCGCAAAGUCUCCAUCUUUAAUGAAGCUGCUGAAGUGGCAAGUUCUCCCUCUGUGCUUGAGCAUUUUCAGGAGUCCUUUCCAGGUAAAGAAGAUACUGCUGCAAAUGAAAAGUACAACGUUUCCUUGUCUGAAGAAACUGCUGAAGUGGCACAUUCGCCUGCUGUGCUUGAGGCUUUUCAUAAAGAAUCACUUUCAGGUGAAGAAAAUGCACCUAUACAAGGAAAACACAAAGCUACCUCCUUUGAAUUUGUUGAAGAUAUACAUUCUCCUCCUCUGUUGGCUCAUUUUCAAACUGAGCCUUUAUCAGAAAAUGAAACUUCAUCUGUAAAAGAAAGCUACAAAUCUGCUGUCUCUGAAGAAUUCGUACAAGAUGAAAAAUCUUCCACGAGUUUUGAUCCUGUUCUUCAGGAACCCUUCACAGGUGAUGAGGUCAAACCAAAUGUGUUUGAAUUCAACCAGACUGCUACAGCUGAGCUGCCUCAAACAACCUCUGCAAAGCUGAUCAGAACUGAGGAUUUAAAUUUCACAGAUCGGGUACAGCUUCACAAGCUGGAUGCUGAUAAGGUGCUUUCAGUAGAGGAAAACAAACAGAUGGUAGGCUGGAAUAAGUCUGCAUCAUCUGAUAAGCAGUCAGAACUAUUCGUGACAGCUGCUACUGAGUCUUCUAACAUUUUCCAAGAAAGUAAGGAUCUACAAGGCUCUACAUCUCAAUACCAGUGGUCUUACAAGCCAUACUUGAUAAAGUCUUCUCCUCUCAGCUCAGAAUCUCAUGAAUUACCAUCUGGUAACACAAAUAGCACACUAGAGCAAACUACACUUCUGUCAGUAGACUCUGUCCCUCACACAGAAGACAAAGGUUAUGAAUAUUCUUCUGCUGUUGCAGAGGUAUUGGAAGAAGAGAAAUUACCUUCUGAUUUACAACAAAAUGUAAAAGAUGAUAAUCAGACAGACUGCACAAGUCCUACAAACAACAAAAGUUUUACAGUUGUUAGCCCUAGGUAUACCUAUAUGCAGAGUAUGGUAUUCAGUAACGUGACUCCAACAACCAUUAAUGAGUCAGUCCAUAGCCAUAGCAGUUCUAUAGGAAAUAAUUAUGAAGAUGCAAGCAAGCAAACAGACUCUCACCUAAAACCCAGCAGAGAAGGGCACAUGCAGGGAUCUGAGAACCUUGUCACUGCAAUGUCACUGGAUUUGAGCUUAAAGUCUACAGAAAAGUUGCCUUCUGAAGAUUUAGGCAGCAUUAUGAAGACACUAAAUGAUACAAAACAAGACAACAGUUUACAAGAGUCAACAGUGAUACAAAGUGGAUUGAAAGCUGAAACAGUAAUAGAUUCAUCUCCAUCUAACAGUAACAUACAGGUGGUACAAAAGGAUGAGGAUAAGAAUAAAACCAGUGAAGCAUAUGGCUCAAAUGUGCCUUGGAAGUCUGGGACAGAAGUACCCCUAAGAGCACACAGUAUCCAGAUUGAAGUGUCCGAUGCUGAAGAGGUCAAGGUUUCUUUGGAGAACUCGAAGAAACAUUCCUUAGGAUCAGAUGAACAAAGUGAAGAACAAGACCAGGAAAAACAGCAUGUCAGUCAAAACAUUUCCAGUGGCAGUCCUGCAGUAUUGGAAGUUAGAAAUGCAACUAGCAUUCCAACUUACUUGGAGGUCGAGACGGAUUUUGAUGAUUUAACUUCAGAAUCCAGCUAUGGAUCAGACUUCUCGGGGCACAGCAGAGGCCUUACAGCAGGUCGACUAUCUGCUGGUGGGAUGAGUGGAAGCAGUCUGAGCCUGUAUAGUGAGGCUGGAGAUUUUGGGAGUGUUGCUGUUCAGGGAGCUGUGGAAUUUGCCCUAAAAUAUGAUGAAGUGAAGAAGGAAUUUACCAUACUUGUGGAGCAGUGCCUAGAUUUAGCAGUUGUAAAUCUUAAAAGAGGCCGCACAGAUCCGUAUGUCAAGACCUAUCUGCUUCCAGACAGAUCACGUGCAAGUAAGAAGAAAACAUCUAUAAAGAAAAACACAGUUAACCCCAUCUAUCGUGAAUUACUCAAGUAUUCCAUUGACAAACGAGAUUUGCAGACUAGAACAUUAAAUGCCUCAGUAUGGCACAAUGACACUUUGGGCAGAAAUGUCUUCCUUGGAGAAGUUGAAUUAGAGCUGAGAUACUGGGACUGGAGGAAUGACCAGUUAUGCUGCUAUAACCUGAAGCCAAAGAUUGGAGGUCCAGAAGAACCUUCAUCAAGCACAGGACAAAUAAAUUUGGCUGUCAAGUUCAUUCCAGCAGGAUCAAUAGGUGUAAAUAAGCCUGUCACAGGGGAGCUUCAUAUCUGGCUGAAAGAAGCAAGAGGAUUGCAAUCCCAGAACCCAAGUGGGGUAAAUUCAUUUAUAAAAUGCCAUGUCCUACCAGAUACCAGCAAAACAAGCAGACAAAAAACAAGGGUGAUUAAGAAAAGUUUUAAUCCUAUCUACAACCAUACUAUGGUAUAUGAUGGAUUUAGAAGUUCAGAGAUCAGAGAGACCUGUGUGGAGCUAACUAUAUGGGACCAUGAAACGUUCAGCAACCAUUUCCUUGGAGGAGUACGUCUCAGUCUUGGCACAGGAAAAAGCUAUGGUAAAUCAGUGAACUGGAUGGAUUCAACUGAAGCAGAGAUUACUGUUUGGAAGACUAUGCUAGCAAAGCCAAAUAUUUGGGCAGAGGUGGUGCUACCCCUGAGACCUACCAUGAGUGAACUUAAGUAAAACAGUGUUUCACCGUGAGUGGGAUUUGUUUAUACUCUGUAUAACUGUAUUUGAUUUAAACCAUAUAUAAUUACUGUCUGUCAUCUUCUACACUAAUGAGGGGGAUACGUAUUAGGGACUGUGGUUAGAUAGCCUUGUUAUACAGAUAUGGUAAAACGCUACAAAAACGUGUAGACUGUAUUUUCCUUAUUUGAACUUUUGUCAUUAAUGUGUCCUUUUAAAGACUGAUGAAGCUGUAUGAUUAGUUGUAAUGAACAGAGCAGAAGAAUGCCAAAUUGCAUAACAUCAAAAUAGUUUUAUGCACAUUUUAAAAUGUUAUAUAAUGUAUGAUAAUUAUGUAUUAAAAGUCAGUUUUAGUUCAAGAUGGAUAUAGAAAUACUUAUUUUAGACAGUGUGUUCAGCUGAAAGUGUUGUGCAAAUAGGGGUAAAAGUUGGAAAAUACAAGUACUUUGCAUUUUUCAUCAUUUAGGCUAUCAAAGAUGUGUACUUCAAAUACUGAGAUGUGUCAUUUAACUUAUUAGUCACAGUAUUUAUAGUAAAAAAAACAAGUCACGUAACAAUGGAACAAAAUGGAUUCCUGUACUUUUUAAAAAGAGUUAAAGUAUAUUAAAAGUAUGCUCUAUUGCACUUAACUGUAUUGUUGCCAGAAUAAAGAUUGAUAUGAUAUAAAUAAUAA